AUGUCAAAUUCUAGUCGAAUUUGUAUUAUCGGUGGUGGAAUAAUAGGCGUUUCGAUUGGUUUUCAUUUGUCCGAAGCUGGAUGUACGAAUGUUACAAUAGUCGAACGAACAAAUAUUGCUUGUGCUGCUAGUGGACGUGCUGGUGGAUUUCUUGCCAAGAAUUGGCGUACGGGUGCUGAGGGAAAGUUUUCUGAAUUGAGUUUUCAAGCUCAUAAUGAUCUGGCUAAACGUUUAAAAGAAGAAUUCUCUACUGAUGUUAUGUAUCGUCGUUUAACGACAUUAAAUUUAUCAAUAAAUGAGGCAGAAUCAUCGACAAAACGAACAGACAGCAAAUCAACGCUACCGAAAUGGGUAACGACCGAAGUUGACGAACAGGAAACAAUAGGAAACGAAGAAACCACAGCACAAAUUCAUCCUGGAUUAUUGACAAAUGCUCUAGCGAAAAUUCUGGAAAAUCGAGGUGGACGAAUCGUAAUCGGAAAAGCAAAUGGUUUUCUUUUUGAAACUAUUCCUACUCAUACAGAUAGAGAUGUUCAUCAUCAAACAUCACCGGUACGAGCACUGAAAUUAUUAAUUGAAAACCAAGAUCCAAUCGAAGCUGAUAUUUUCAUUCUUGCCAUGGGUCCAUGGACUUAUCAAGCGGCACCCUGGUUCCGAGAUGCAAUGGUAUUCAAAGAGAAUAUUUCUCACCAAUUAGACGCCAUCAGCGGUGUAAAAGCACAUAGUAUCAUAUUCAAAGGAAAUCAGCCGACCGAACCCUAUGCAUUCUUUCUCGCAUAUGAAUCCAAUGAUGGCACUAUGACCGAUCCAGAAAUCUAUCCACGACCAAACGGUGAUAUCUAUGUAUGUGGAUUUGGAGAGAAACCUUCACAGGAAUUACCUGACGAUGCGAAUGCGGUACCAAUCAACGAAAAAAGUUGCGAUCGUCUUCGCGAUAUUGCUGUUCGUGUUGCAUCAACAUUAAAAGAUGCGAAUGUUGAAACCAGACAAGGAUGUUAUCUACCACAAUCGAAUGAUGGAAUUCCUCUGAUUGGACGUCUCUAUGGAUUGAAUAAUGUCUAUAUUGCUACGGGCCAUAGUUGUUGGGGUAUUUUGAAUAGUUUAGCAACCGGUGCUCAAUUGACACAAUUGAUAUUAAAAGAUGAAAUGUCUCCCUACUUGAAACAAUGCGAUCCAAAGCGAUUCUUUCAACGUGCAAGUCAUGAAUAG